AGCUGGAACUACUUCGGCGCCGGGCGAGCGGCAGCUCAUUGUGCGCCGGGGCCGCUGCCGCCGCCGCGUCCCCCCCGGCCCCCCCGGCUCCCGCCCGCCACCCCCCGCCCGGGGGUGUAUUUUGGGGGGGGGGGUCCCUUAGCCAACACACCGCGGGGGGGUUGUGCGUCUGUCCGGCUGUGCAACACCGUCCCACUGUGUCCCCCCCCCCCCCAAGGGACAAAGUUUGGCAUGGGCGGGCGGGCGGGCUGAGCCGGGGGGGGGUCCCGGGGUGGGGGGGGGUCCCCGGGGGGGGCAAGGGGGGGUCGCGGAGAUGCCGUCGGCCAUGGAGAAGUCGGCGCCGGCCUCGGGGAUCCUGUCGCGGAGCCGGGCGAAAUCGGCCCCCGGCGGCGCCCGGGCGGCCUCGGAGGAGGAGGGCAGCGAGGAGGAGCGCGCGCGCGACAGCAUGAUCCGCGUGGGCGCCGACUUCCAGGCCGUGAUCCCCGAGUGCCAGCCAGAGAGCCCCGCGCGCUACAGCAACAAGGAGCUGAAGGGGAUGCUGGUGUGGUCGCCCGACCACCGCGUGUCCGACGCCAAACUGGACCGGUACAUCGCCAUGGCCAAGGACAAGCACGGCUACAACAUCGAGCAGGCCCUGGGCAUGCUGCUGUGGCACAAGCACGACGUGGAGAAGUCGCUGGCCGACCUGGCCAACUUCACGCCCUUCCCGGACGAGUGGACGGUGGAGGACAAGGUGCUCUUCGAGCAGGCCUUCAGCUUCCACGGCAAGAGCUUCGCCCGCAUCCAGCAGAUGCUGCCGGACAAGCUGAUGCCGAGCCUGGUGAAGUACUACUACUCCUGGAAGAAGACGCGGAGCCGCACCAGCGUCAUGGACCGCCAGGCCCGGCGCCUGCUGGGCCGCAAGGAGCGCGAGGACAGCGACGAGGCCGAGGACGCCCGCGGCGCCAGCGAGGGCGAGUUCGAUGCCCCCGAGCCCCGGAAGGAGGUGAGACGCGGGGGCUCGGGGGGGCCCCCGCCGCCGCCGUCCCCCCCCCUGCUCACGCCACCCCCCCGGCAGCCCGGCUGCGCCAAGGCGGGGGCGGCGGGGGGGCGGCGGGAGGCGCCGCUGCCGCAGUACCGGCACCACGCGCCGCGGCAGCGCCGGCGCCCGCCCCGCGGCAUGCGCCUCCGCCGCCACGACGUCGCCGGCCUCUCCGCCAACCCCGACCUGGGCGCCCUGGCCCUGCGCCGCCUCGACUGCCAGCUCGUCGCCCUCAAGCGCCAGGUGCAGUGCAUCAAGCAGAUCAACAGCAGCCUCAAGCAGGCCCUGGACGGCGGCAUCGAGGCGCUGCGGCCGCCCGAGGGCACUGGCAAGCUCAGCUCGCGCUGGAGCACCGACGAGCAGCUGCUGGCGGUGCAGGCCAUCCGCCGCUACGGCCGCGACUUCCAGGCCGUGGCCGGCGUCGUCGGCACCAAGACGCUGGCCCAGGUCAAGAGCUUCUUCGUCAGCUACCGGCGCCGCUUCGGCCUCGACCAGGUGCUGCGGGAGUGGGAGGCCGAGCGCCGCGGCCCCCCCGCCGCCCCCCCGCCGGCCCCCGCCGCCCCCCGGCCGCCCCCCCGCGCCCGCCCCUGCCAGCACGAGGACGAGGACGAUGGGGACGAGGAGGAGGAGGAGGACGAGGAGGAGGAGGAGGAGGAGGAGGUGCAGAUCACCGCCGUGUCGCGCCCGGCCCCGGCGGCGGCAGCGGCAGCAGCAGCAGCGGCGGCGACCCCGGCGGCGGCGGCGGCGCCAUCGAGGCCGCCGCAGCCGCCGCCGCUGCUGCGCCCGGCGCUGCCGGCCGCCCCGGUGCUGCCGCGGCCGCCGCCGCCGCUGCAGCAGGGCCGCGUCCUGCCGCCGCGGCCGCCGCUCAACCCGCCGCCGCCGCCGCUCAUCCGCCCCGCCGCCGCCGCGCGGCCACGCCCCCCCGCGCCCGGCCACGCCCCCGCCGCCGCCGGCCACGCCCCGCUCUGAGGCAUCGCCCCCUGCCGGCGCCGGGCCCCGCCCCUCGGCCCCGCCGGGCUCUGGCCACGCCCCCCCCGGA